AUGUCUGUUUAUAUACACAAAGCAUAUAUAACCAAGAAUUAAUGUUAAGGAGAUCACAAUUACUUUUAUCAUGAAGGUUAAAACAAAUAGGAAUAAUAAAAGUUAAUUCAAAAAACUUAAUAAGAAAACUCUCAAAUUGAUAAAUUAUAACAGACUAUUGCUAAAUAAUAAUAAAUGAUUAAUCAACUUGAAUUAUAAAAUUCAUCUUACAAUCAAACAAUCAUGAAAUAAGAAUAAUAACUUUAAUCACUUUUAAAUAAAUUAUAAUAAUAAGAAAAAUAGAAAGAAGUUUAAAAUAUUGAAUAGAUUGAUGAAAUUAAUAAAUUAAAAGCAAUUCUUAAAUAAUAUUAAAUAAAUGAUUAACCAAUUAAAUUACCUGAAUAUUAAGAAGCGUUUAUUUAAACUGAAUAAUAAUAAGAACUCAUCUAAUUAGAUUAAUCUUAAUAAAUUGAAAUUCUAAGUUAAAAUUAACAGACUCAAACAGAUAUUAUACCUAAUUAAAAUACUCUCACUAAAGAAUCACCAUAAAUGACAUAACCAAUAAAAUUAGAUGUUAAAACUAUUAGGAUUUAACCAAUAUAUUAUUACUAAACUUGA